AUGUCCAGGACUCUCGAAGAUAAUGACAAUCAUACCCGAACGGCGCUGGGCGAGCAGGAGCCUCUUAUACCCACGAAAAAACCAAAGAAACCAAGAACGCCUUUGCCAAAGUUGCAACUCUCCAUCUUGUUGCUUAUCCAAGUCGCAGAGCCUAUAACCUCCCAGUGUAUAUACCCUUUCAUCAAUCAGCUUAUCAGUGAACUAGAUAUUACAGGUGGGGACGAACGGAAGGUUGGGUAUUAUGCAGGUCUCAUAGAAUCACUGUUCUCUAUCGCGCAAGCUAUGACCGUCCUUCAAUGGAAUCGUCUCUCUGAUAGAAUAGGCCGCAAGCCAGUCUUGCUGAUCGGUCUCAUGGGUCUCUGUGGCUCCAUGUUCGCAUUUGGUUUGUCUCGGACAUUCAUGUCCCUCGUAAUCAGUCGAUGUUUAAAUGGAAUACUCAAUGGAAAUAUUGGCAUCAUGAAGAGUAUGAUGGGUGAACUGACAGAUUCGACUAACAUGGCGCAGGGAUUUUCCAUGAUUCCUAUAGUGUGGUGUGCGGGAGCAGCGUUUGGUCCUUUCAUGGGUGGUGCAUUGGCACGACCUCAUGAUCGCUGGCCCACAGUAUUUUCUGGGUCAUUUUGGAUCAAAUACCCUUAUUUCUUGCCUUGUGCAACUGCAUCAGCCUUUACUGCGUGCUGCUUUCUCGUCAUUCUCAUAUUCUUAAAAGAGACUCUACCAACAAAACAAAAGGGCAAACAAAUAGAUAACUCAACAGUAGAAAGCACUUUCCAACAAGAAGAAAUUCUCGACGGUAUCAUCCCAAGUUCAAGCCUCAGCCCAUCCUCUGAUACCAUACUUCAACCACCCACACCUCCCUCCCUCCGUUCCCUCCUCAUUCCCUCCAUCCUAAUCCCAGUAGCAAACUACGGCACCCUCGCACUCGUGGAAAUAGCCAUGCUCGCUCUCCAACCUCUCUUCUACUCCACCCCCAUCGAGCUCGGCGGACUCGGCUUCUCGCCCUCUACCAUCGGCACGUGGAUGGGCCUAUUCGGUUUCGUCGACGGACUCUUCCAGGUCAUCUUCUUUGCUAGAGUCGUCGAGAGAUGGGGUCCUAAAGUGCUCUUCAUGGUCUCGAUGGGAUGCUUCAUACCUAUCUUUGCUAUAUUCCCCAUCUUGAGCUGGGUGGCUGGGAUCUGGGGCGUCGGCAUGUUCGUGUGGUUCUUACUCUCGUGUCAACUGGUCUUGAUGGUCGUCCUCGAUAUGGCCUACGCAUGUAUCUUGAUGUUCGUCACCUCCUCAGCGCCCAGUAAGCUCUCUCUCGGUGCCAUCAAUGGCCUGGGUCAGACAACAGCAUCUGUCGCGCGUGCCAUCGGGCCCGCCAUGUCCACCUCUUUGUUCGCGGUUUCGAUCCAGUAUAACAUCUUGGGUGGUAACGGCGUCUAUGCCUUCCUCCUGGUUCUGUCCUGUGGUGCAUUAUACCUUGCGUCACGUCUGCCAGACGAGCUGCAAGAUCGGGAUUAG